AUGCCUUUUCGUCGACAUGCUUAUGAUUUUAUGUUAGAUGAUGGAUUAGACACUCGUAUACCGGUGUAUAGUGAUGAAGUGUUCAAACAAGGUAUUCAUUUCUGUGCCAAGUUUGUUGGUGGUAUGGAUAUACCAAGACCACAGAAUCGUCUUGAAAUUGUAUCUUCAAUGCGAAGAAUUCGAAAAAAACCAAAAUUUGGAAUUCGUUGGCCAGUAUCACGAACAUUUAUUUCAUCUUCACAAAAUCCCGGUAAUCGAGUAUUCAGUGAAAUUUUAACCACUGACACAACAUCAGUUAAAGAUUCAAAUGGUGUAACUGGAGAUUAUGAUGCAAUUUCAGCUACUGGUAGUGGUUUACUUGGCUUAGGAUUAAGAGAUACAUCUAUGCUUGAUUGUAUACAUCAAUCAAAUCUUUUGCUAUAUCACCCGAUAUACAGAAUUUUCUAUGUAUCACACGACUCACAAGAUUUGAAGAUAUUCACUUACAAAAAAUUACAAGCUAUGCGAAUAGUCAGAACAGUUGGUCAAGCAUUUGAUGUAUGUCAUCGAAUUGCUCUACAAAAACAAGGCCAACAACUAGAAACAACCGAAAGCAAUAAUAAUGAUAAUAAUAUUGAUGAAAAUGGUGAAUCUGAUCAAGAGAAAAUAGAAAAAUCUGAUAAAAAAAUAACUCAUACUACUAUGAACAAUAUUGAUAGUAAUAAAUUAGAUGAUUCAAAUAAAUCAACAAAACAUAAUGGUGAUGUAAAUAAACAUAAAACAAAAUCAAAACAUAAACUUAAACAACAUAAAACAGGUAAACAAGAAAAAUCGAUUAAUUUGAAAAGUGAUCGUAAUUCUACAUCACAAACACGUAAAUCAGAAAAACAUAGAGAUAAGAAAAAUACUCAUGAUUCUACUACAAACGAUGAUGGUGAUGAUAAUGGGGAUGAUAUUGAAAAAGUAAACAAAGAAGAUGAAAUUAAGAAAUCACAUAAAUAUCAUAAAACAAAAGAUCUUUUAGAUGAUUUAAACAAAACUGAUAAUACGUUGGUUGAUAUAGAACCAGUAGAACUGAUUAGUGAAUCUAUUGAACUGAUCGAUAUUGAUCAUGAUAUAAGUAAAUCUUUAAAUAAUUGUAUACAAAGUAAAACUAGCCAACAAGAAAAAUCUUGUCAUAAGUCUAAGUCAACUAUACAUCAACAAAAAUCAUACAGAAAAAAGCAUAUAUCUAAAUUUUCAAGUGGUUCAGAAACUGAAUCAUCUCCAUGUGUUCAUAGUCAUUCAAGAGAGAAUUCAGAAACUUCAAAAUCUUCUAGACAAACAGCAACAUCAAAUUCAUCUGUUAACAGCCGUAUAUUAUCAGAUCAUUCUAUAUCACAUGCUAGUUCACUUAGUUCAGUAUGUUCUAAAGAUAAAAUACAAGUUCGUAAUAGACAUGAACAUCAUAAACAUAAUAAACGACCUACUAGUUCACAUAAAAGUACUAAAUUAAAGACAAGUAUCACAACUCGUGAUUUGGUAUGGAUGCUACAAACUGGUGAGGACAGAAAUGAGAAAACAGAUUUAUUCACAAAAGAAUUAUUAUCAUUAUUUACCGGAAAUACUGCCUCAUCGUCAUUAUUGUUAGAACAAGGAAGGCGAAUGCAUCAAAGUAGAUCAUUAGAUACAAAUGUUGCCAGAGAUUUGCUCAACGAAAGUUCUUUACAAAGUCCAAAUAAUUUAUCGAACACUCUAUUAACUGACAGUGCCUUGCCAGAAACAUUAUCCACUGACCAAAAAUCAAUUGGUACAGUAUUCUCUGAAAUGACAAAUAUUAACAGCCUUUGUCAAUAUCAAUCAAAUAAACCAAUACUUCCUAAUUCCUCUGUGGAUACCAGCUUACAUCAACAUUGCAUUAAGCAACUUGUCCGUCAAAAUUGGGAUUUACGUACAUGGUUAAAUCAAAUGUCUGAUCGUUUAGAACGUUUAGAAUUAUUAACAUCUAAUAAAAUGGAACAUAAUAGUCCAAUUAUUAAUCAAUCAACAAAUACAAACAAUAUUAAUAAUAAUAAUGUAAAUAUAUCAAUGGAUCAAAGUAGAUUAUUUUCUACUGUAAAUGAUAAAUUUAUUUCAGAUCGUCGAUUAUUACCUAAUUCAGCAUCAUUCAGUGUACAGUCUGGUAAUAAAUCAAUAACCGAUCAAAAUGUCCUUACUUCAUUAUCAUUUUCUGGAUGGAAUCAUUCACUCAAUCCAAAUAAUGAAAUAAAUUAUAAACCUUUAAGCAAUUCUAAUCCAUUUCGAAUGCCUCGAUCAAUUUCAGCUUUAACAGGAACCAUAGAUGAAAUGAAUACAAUAAAACCUCAAUUUAAUACACCAUAUUCAACAUACUUAACAAAUAAACCAAAUAUUCCAUCUUCAUUUAAUGAAAAUUGUAAAAUAUUAAAUUCAAAUAAUUUCCAUAUUGCUUCUAAAGAGACAACUAAUUUAGAAGAUGAUGGAUUUCUACAAUUAGCCAACAGAAAAGAGGUAUCUGAGUUACAAGAUAAAUUCAAAACAUUAAAACAUUCUUGGUCAAUGAAAGGAGGCAGUAAUCUUAGUAUUCAAGAUCAAAUAUUUGGUAUAACAGGUUUGCCACGUUCAGUCAGCGCAGUUAAUAGUCCAUUAGAAGCUAUGGCUUUUGAAACGACAGUUUCUAGUAGUCAGUUGAUGAAUCAAACUUGUUCACAAAAUAAUUGUUUUCAAACAAUAAAUUUGAAUACGAACUGCGCACAAACACAACAACAAAACUCCAAAGGAAUUGAACAUCAAACCAAAGAUGCCAUUUCAGUUACAAAUGAAAGAAAUGGCACUUCAUCCCUUGUUAAAUUAUUACCACAACCUCCAAAACGUAUAAACAAUGCGACAACACAACUAGAUCAUAAAAUGAAUAAUCAUGAACAUACAUCUAAUGAACUAACUUUAGGAAUCGGUGAACUAACAGAUCACAACAUAACCAAUGAGCUUUCCAAAUUAACAAGCAUAGAACAAACCAGUGAUUUGAAUGAAUUAGGAAAUUUUAAAAAAGCCACCACGUAUUUACCAACUGACUCGAGUAUGAAUCUACAGUUAAAAUCAUCCUUGAAUAUUUUAUCUAAAAUGAACAAUACUAAUAAUGAACAAACUAAUGAUCAAUGUAAAUGUGAACAUAUAACUGAAUCAAAUUUAUUAGAAUCUUUUAUUACUUCAGAAGAACUACAUAUUUCAUCAACAGAUAAUGAGGAUGAUGAUGGCGAUGACGAUGAUGAUGAUGAUGAUGAUGAUGAAUGUACAUCAUCAAAAUUAAAUAAAACCUUAUUGAAAAAAUCAAAUUCUAUACGUAAUAAUUAUAAUAAUAACAAUAAUAAUAAUCUUUAUUCAUUAACAAAUAAAGGUUCAACAUUAACAAUUAAUAAAGAUAAAUUAGUGAUGUAUAUUAAGCGUAGUUUUAAACAUACAAAAUGA